GGCGACGAAGAAUUAUCCAACGACGUUAUGGAUCUAGUUGACUUCCAAGGUGGUGCUGGCGAGGGAAACAAAAAAGCGGAAGAAGAGCUAAAGCAACCGCUUGAGGAAACUGAUAAGAGUCAGGAAGACGAAGCAGGCAAGGAGAAAAAUGAUAAGAAGGGUCAAGCAAAUGGAGCCAGUGAGAAUAAUGAAGGUGAAGAAAUGGAAGAGGACGGCGAAGACGAAUAUGAGGUUGAGGCUAUUGUGGAUCAUAAGAAAACCAAGGGUAUAAUGAAGUAUUACAUUAAAUGGAAAGGGUAUCCCUCGGAUGAGAACACAUGGGAGUCGGCUGAUAAUCUUAAUUGCGACGAUCUCGUACAAGCAUACUGGCUACAGUCGAAAGAGAGAAAUAACAAAGAGAAGAAGAAGAAACACAAGUAUAAGACCAAAGGGGGAUCUUCGAAACGCUCAGAAACACCUGAUCGUUUUGAAGAAAAAGAUGCCAAGCGACAACGAAUUAGAGAUAGAACUGAUGAGAAUGAUAAGACGCGUCGAAAUCGAACAAAGCAUACAAGAGAGAAAUCGGACAAUGACGAAGAUGAGGAUUGGGAUAACCAAAUUACUUCAGUUGAGACUGUAACGAGGGAUGAAAAAUCAAACGAAUUAAUGGUUUACUUGCGUUGGAAGAAUGGUGACACGUCUAAACAUACCGCCAAGGAGGCUAAUAGGAAGUGUCCCCAGAAAAUGAUAAAGUUCUAUGAACAACGCUUGACGUUUGCGCCCGCAGCAGAUAAGAAGGCUUGA